GCAGGGCGCGCUCCUUCUCCCCUCGCUGCUCUUUGGAUUAGCUUCUGCUCCGGGAUUGCCAUCGCAGAAGAGCUCGAUGGCGGGAUCUUGUGAGAUCAGCAACAUCUUCUCUAACUACAUCAGUGCCAUGUACCAGCCAGAGGAGGUGCAGCCAGCCAUGGAUAUGCUGGGACACCCUGGGGACAAUGGCACCCUGGGGCUGAGCCUCCCCACCAGCCAGCCUCCAGCACAGAGCACAGACAAGCCCGAGUGGUUCAGUGAGCUCCCAUACUUCUGGAGCAAGGUGCAGGUGCUGGAAUGGAUCAGCUACCAUGUGGAGAAGAACAAGUACGACGCCAGCUCCAUUGACUUCUCUUGCUGCAACAUGGAUGGGCAUGCACUCUGCCACUGCUCCCGGGACCAGAUGCGCCUCAUCUUUGGGCCCCUGGGGGAUGAACUCUAUGACCGCCUGCAUGAGAUCAGCAUCGCUAAUCCAAGUCCCCCCACCCGUGCAGCCUCUGAUGAGCUGAACUGGAUCAUUGACUUGCUGGAAAAAGAGGACACAACUUCCCAAGAGACCUUCCUGGACUCCAGCCACCUGGAGCUGGGAAAUCCCUGUGCCAAGGACUCCCUGGAGGACAUGAAGCUCACAAACCCUUUCCUAUCCACAGACUUCACCUGCUUGCCCGGUGCCAUGUCCCCAGGCAGCUCUGAUGUCUCAGGGCCUGUCAUGUCCCACAGCCCCACCUCCCAGGACUCCGGUGGAAGUGACCUUGACCUCGACCCUGCAGAAUCAAAGCUCUUCCCUGAUGGUGACUUUGCAAGGAACAAGAAAGGGGACAACAAACAUGGAAAGCGGAAACGGGGCCGACCCCGAAAGCUAAGCAAGGAGAGCAGAGACUGCCUGGAGAGCAGGAAGAGCAAGCACUCCCCAAGAGGUACCCACCUGUGGGAGUUCAUACGGGAUAUCUUGAUCCAUCCCGAGCUGAACGAGGGGCUGAUGAAGUGGGAGGACCGGCGGGAGGGCGUCUUCAAGUUCCUGCGCUCGGAAGCGGUGGCUCAGCUCUGGGGCCAGAAGAAGAAAAACAGCAGCAUGACCUAUGAGAAGCUGAGCAGAGCCAUGAGGUAUUACUACAAAAGAGAGAUCCUGGAGAGAGUCGAUGGGCGACGGCUUGUGUACAAGUUUGGGAAGAACUCUAGUGGCUGGAAGGAGGAGGAGGUGCUCAACAGGAACAAGGAGCUGUAGGAGUCAUGGACAAGCCGGGGUUUGACAAGCCCCUCGGGGCCCCAGCCCCGGGCUGGGCUCCUCGGCAGGAAACUUUGCCAGCAGCUGGAGCUGGGAGCUGCUGCCCUGUGCAAUGGGUGAAACUCCCAUCUCUGCAUGGGCAUGCUUGUGUGUGCUGGUGACUGCUGGCACAGAGGUGUGUAAAGCUCAUGUUUUGGCUCCAGUAGAUUAUUGUAAACUGUUGUGUCCCUCGCUGGAUUUGUACCUCCCACUGGAGUCGCAGCAACUUUGGCUAUGUCAAAGCCUGGACAAACACAAAAGGGAAGAGGAAUUGGAGCAGCAGCUGGCACAACAGCAGGAGCCCAGCAGAUCUUGGCUGUCACCCACCACCUGCUGGGCAGAGGGGCAGCACCAUCCUCACCUGCCAAUGGACAGACCUUGUCCCACCUGUGGGACCCUCCCUCAUCACUGCUGAAGGUGCCCACCAACCUGUUUGCUCGGUGUGGGAUGGGUGAGGGCGUCGUGGUGCAGCAGCUCCUCAGUGUGGCACCUGCUGAGGCAAGAUGAGAACAUUGUGGAGGUUCACCUGACCCUGGAGAGCCACCAUGGUGGAGAGGACUCAGGACAGCAGAGCCACUCCGCAUUUUUCAGCCCAGCUGCCUGCAAAGAAAUGGGCCUUUUCCCCCCAAAUAGUUUCUAAUUUAUGUAAAAAAAAAAAAAAAAAAAAAAAAGAGAGAGAGAAAGAGAGAAAAAAAAAAAGAAAAGAGAGAAAAAGCAAGCACAGAAUGAAUGUGCAGAUAUAUUUUUUCAUGACUAAGAUGUUCCCAUGUGAGUGUGUGCUGCAGGGCAUGUGCAUGUCCUGUGGCAGCUGGUGAAGCUCAGCUGGACUGCAGCGAUGUCACAGGGCACAGACAGGCUCUGUGCCUGCCACAGGAGGGGGAUGCCAGCCCAGUAAGGCACCCAGCAGGGCCAUGUUGUUUCCUCCUUUUCAAACGGGAACAUAAGAGGAAUAAAUUGUUGUUUUGUUGGGUUUUUUUGUA